ACAGUCUGCGGUACCGCACACCGGAGUCACAACAACCGACAGUCGCUCACCGUGAUCGGCUGUUAUCUCGGUGACUGUACGCCUGUCAGUAGGCCAGGACCGGAGCUGCUGUCUGAGAGAGUCCUGACGAUAGAGCCGGAGCAGCCGACACGUUCUGGAGUCGCGGGGUUAAAGUAACGGAGCCGCCCCGCCAAAGAAUCGCCGUGUCCGGUGAAAUGUUAGCAGCGGAGCAGAGCAGAGAGCACUGAGCAGCCCGCUGAUUUACACCGAUAACCCAGGUAACCCUCACCAUCUGUCCGCUCACAGAGAGACUCGCGUUAAGCACCAGCUGACGACUGUCCGCCCGUUAACCGGGCCGCCGCUGAUGGAUCAGUCUCGCUGCUAACCGCUGCUAACGUUAGCGGCCAGGCUACAUGCUAACAGGCUAACAUCACCGGCCAGCUCAGCAGCGUCCGCUAACUGUCACGCCGAGUCCCGGUACUGUUGGUAUGGAACGGUUAACUGCCACCAUGCUGUCUUCCCGGUAAACGGAACUACACCCUACAGUUAGCUGCUAGCCGCGGAGCUAACAGUUAGCUGCGGAACAUCUGGCCGCAGCUAGCUCUCCGUGUAGCGGCCGACGAUGGUCGCAGUGACAGCAGCUGCUCCGGAGGAACGACCCGUCUCCGCUCUCCGCUUCACUUACCCUGCUGGACCCGGACAGACCCGCACAGCGUUCAUGUAAACCGGUGAACCGUGCGUGUCGCUCCCGCUGCGGCGCUCAGAUCCCGCACACCCCGCAGCAGCAGCCAUGCAGGCGGCCCAGCUGCAGUACGACUUCUUCAACGAGGACAACGCACCGAAAUGGAGAGGCCUGCUGGUGCCUUCACUGGAGAAGGUACUGAAUCAGGUGCAUCCUAACCUGGUGUCCCAGCAGGAGGCGCUGCAGUACAUCGAAGAGCUGAUCCUGCUCCUGCUCAGUAUGCUGUGUCAGGCACAACCACGCACUGUACAGGAUGUCGAGGAGCGAGUUCAGAAGAGUUUUCCUCACCCGAUUGACAAGUGGGCGAUUGCCGAUGCUCAGGCCGCCAUUGAGAAGAGGAAGAGGAGGAACCCACUAGCACUGCCCGUCGACAAGAUCCACCCACUGCUCAAGGAGGUGCUGGGGUAUAAGAUAGACCACCAGGUGUCUGUCUAUAUGGUGGCGGUGUUGGAGUACAUCUCUGCUGACAUCCUGAAGCUCGCGGGAAACUAUGUCAGGAACAUCCGACACUACGAGAUCUCCCAGCAGGACAUCACUGUGGCCAUGUGUGCUGACAAGGUGUUGAUGGACAUGUUCCACCAGGAUGAGGAGGACAUCAGCGGUUUCCCUCUGAUGGACGAGGAGCCGUCAGCUAAUGAAGAGCAGAGUUACUAUGAGCUGGUGAGGAGCUUCAUGUCCGACGGUCGACAGUACCUAAGACAGCUCAACCUGCUCAUCAAGGUGUUCAGAGAGCCCUUCAACUCCAGCCUCAUGCUCUUCUCCCAGCACGAUGUGGACAGUAUCUUCAGUCGGAUCGUAGAUAUCCAUGAGGUGACAGUGAAGCUCUUGGGUCUGAUCGAGGACACAGUGGAGAUGACAGAUGAGGGAAGUCCUCAUCCUCUGGUGGGAAGCUGCUUCGAGGACCUGGCUGAGGAGUUGGCCUUCGACCCCUAUGAGACAUAUGCCCAGGACAUCCUGCGCUCUGGUUUCCAUGAACACUUUCUCAGUCAGGUGUCCAAACCUGGAGCGGCCUUCCACCUGCAGUCCAUCUGUGAAGGUUUUAAAGAGGCUGUUCAGUACGUUUUGCCCAGACUGCUGCUCACUCCUGUUUACCACUGUCUGCACCUGUUUGAGAUCCUUAAGCAACUGGAGGAGAAGAGUGAGGAUGAGGAAGAUAAAGAGUGUCUGAAACAGGCCAUCACUGCCCUGCUCAACCUGCAGAGCAGCAUGGAGAGGAUCUGCUCCAGGAGCCUCGCCAAGAGGAGGCUCAGCGAGUCGGCGUGUCGUUUCUACAGCCAUCAGAUGAAGGGGAAGCACCUGGCCAUCAAGAAGAUGAAUGAGAUCCAGAAGAACAUUGACGGCUGGGAGGGGAAGGACAUUGGCCAGUGCUGCAACGAGUUCAUCAUGGAGGGCACACUGACACGUGUGGGUGCCAAACACGAGCGCCACAUCUUCCUGUUCGACGGCCUGAUGAUCUGCUGCAAGUCCAACCAUGGCCCACCACGACUGCCUGGCGCUGGCUCCACGGCAGAGUACCGGCUCAAAGAGAAGUUUUUCAUGCGGAAAGUCCAGAUCAACGACAAGGACGACAAGGAGGGCGAGUACCGGCAUGCCUUCGAGAUCAUCCUGAAGGACGGGAACAGCGUGGUGUUUGCCGCCAAGUCUGCCGAGGAGAAGAACGGCUGGAUGGCGGCGCUGAUCUCGCUGCAGUACCGCAGCACACUGGAGCGCAUGCUGGACUCAGCCAUGCUGCAGGAGGAGAAGGAGGAGCAGAUGAGGCUGCCAGGAGCUGAAGUGUACCGGUUCGCUGAGCCGGACUCCGAGGAGAACGUCGUGUUUGAGGAUAACGUCCAGUCCAAGUCUGGGAUCCCCAUCAUCAAAGCAGGGACGGUCCUAAAACUGAUCGAGAGGCUCACCUUCCACAUGUACGCAGAUCCAAACUUUGUCCGAACAUUUCUGACCACCUACAGAUCUUUCUGUAAACCUCAGGAGCUGCUGGACCUGCUCAUGGAGAGGUUCGAGAUCCCGGAGCCAAGGCCGAGCGAGGCGGAUCAGAUGGAGGGAGGAGAGCAGCCUCUCAGUGCUGAACUCAAACGCUUCCGCAAAGAGUUUGUUCAACCAGUCCAGCUCAGAGUGCUGAAUGUGUGUCGCCACUGGGUGGAGCAUCACUUCUAUGACUUUGAGAGAGACGCUCACCUGCUGAAACGACUGGAGGACUUCAUCGCCUCAGUCAGAGGUAAGGCGAUGAGGAAGUGGGUGGAGUCGAUCACCAAGAUCAUCCAGAGGAAGAAACAGGUGCAGGUUAGCGGGCCCAGUCACAGCAUUACCUUUCAGAACUCCCCUCCUCCAAUCGAGUGGCACAUCUGUAAACCAGGAAACACUGAGCAGUUUGACCUCAUGACACUGCACCCGAUCGAAAUCGCCCGCCAGCUGACACUGCUCGAAUCUGAUUUCUACAGGGCAGUGCAGCCGUCAGAGCUGGUUGGCAGCGUCUGGACCAAAGAGGACAAAGAGAUUCACUCCCCCAACCUGCUAAGGAUGAUCCGACACACCACCAACCUCACCCUGUGGUUUGAAAAGUGUAUUGUAGAAACAGAGAACCUGGAGGAGCGAGUGGCUGUUGUUUCUCGGAUCAUUGAGAUCCUCCAGGUUUUUCAGGAACUCAACAACUUUAACGGAGUUCUGGAGGUCGUCAGCGCCAUGAACUCUUCACCUGUCUACAGACUAGACCACACUUUCGAGCAAAUUCCGAGUCGACAGAGAAAAAUCCUGGAGGAAGCUCAUGAGCUGAGUGAAGAUCACUACAAGAAAUAUUUAGCCAAACUACGGUCUAUCAACCCCCCCUGUGUCCCCUUCUUUGGAAUCUACCUGACCAACAUUCUUAAGACGGAGGAGGGAAACCCCGACUUCCUGCGCAGACAUGGCAAAGAUCUGAUCAACUUCAGUAAGAGACGGAAAGUGGCUGAAAUCACUGGAGAGAUCCAGCAGUACCAGAACCAGCCGUACUGUCUGAAAGUGGAGAACGACAUCAAGAAGUUCUUUGAGAACCUGAACCCAAUGGAUGACAUGUCAGAGAAGGACUUUGCUGAUCAUCUGUUCAACAAAUCUCUGGAGAUCGAACCUCGAAACGCCCGAUCAUUACCUCGAUUUGUGAAGAAGUACACCUGUCCUCUGAAGUCUCCGGGGAUCCGUCCCACCUCAGCGAGGCCUGGCACCAUGCGACACCCGACGCCACUGCAGAAUGAGCCCAGGAAGAUCAGCUAUAGCCGCAUCCCUGACAAUGAGGCCGAGGGGGGGGCUGUCUCCGCCCCCAACUCCCCCCGCACCCCCCUGACUCCACCGCCCGCCUCUGCCGCCUCCAGCUCCACUGACGUUGGUAGUGUGUUUGACUCGCCACAGGGUCCCAGCAGCCCUUUCCACUCCAGGUCGUCAUCUGUCUCCUCCAUGGUUAGUUUCAGUCGGGGUUCAGAGGAGGCUCCUGUUCCUCCUCCCAUUCCUCCCCGCAGACGACCAGAGUCAGCUCCUGCUGAGUCCUCCCCCUCCAAGAUGAUGUCGAAGUUGGACAGCCCCCCUGCGGUCCCCCCUCGUCAGCCCACCUGUAAACUGCUCCCCCCUCGUUACUCCUCGUCAUUGUCAUCGUCCUCUCCCCCUGACAGCCCGCCCUCGCUGCCUCCUCGGGAGCCCCUCAGUUCUCCUCUGCACCUCCUCCCGCCCCCUCAGGGUCGCCCCCGCUGUGACCUGCUGCCUCAGGCCUUCUUCCCCUCCACCACCUCCUCCUCACCCUCCAUCAGCUCCGCCCCCACCACCUCCUCGCCCCCCCUCCAUCCGCCUACCCCUGUCACCCCCAGCCCUACCCCUGCCUCCAGGAAGAUGCCUCUCCCCUCCCCUCCCCUCCCCCUCCUCCCCUUGGACGGCCCCCCUGUUCCCCCCCGACACGGUGUCCCCAAACUCCCCCCCAAGACCUACAAGAGGGAGUCUCUGAGCCACGCCCCCCUGCUGGACACCCCCCCUGCACUGUGA